AUGAUGGUGACUUUGUGGCUACAAGAACUUGUAGGAGAUGUGGUACAUGGGGGAUUCAGAGCAUCUCGAGGAAAUUGGAGCAAGGCAGCGCUGCAAGUUGCACAUCAACUCGAAAAAGGUGAAUGGUUCACGCACUGCCUAUGUCAGUGGACAAAGGCAUACAUCCGAGAUCGAAAAAACUUACCUCUGUGCCAAAAAAGCCAUGCAAUCUCCCACAUUGAGGACGAGGAGCUAGCAGCUGAUAUCAAAUUACACCUGCAAAGUGUGGGGAAAUAUAUUCGUGCACUGAAUAUAGUGCAUUACCUUGAUGACCCUAUUGUUCAGAAGUGCCAUGGUUUCAAAAAUACAAUCUCACUAAAAACUGCUCAACGGUGGCUUUGGAAAUUAGAUUAUUGGUGGAAAAAAGAAAAACGGGGGCAGUAUUCAGAUGGUCAUGAACGUGAUGAUGUUGUUUAUUAUUGCCAAAAUAUAUUUUUGCCUGCAUGGGAAAGCACCGAGGCACGUCUACGAACAUGGAAACAAGAUGAUCUCACCUGUGAAGAUUCUCCCCCUCUCCCUGAGUUAUCUCGCCGUAUUGUAGCCUGGUUCCACAACGAAUCCACAUUCUAUGCAAAUGACCGCCAUAAAGUUCGAUGGGAGCACAAAGAUGAAGAUGCGCUUCCCCAGCCAAAAGGGGAGGGUGUGUCGCUGAUGGUGGCACACUUUGUAUCGGCGGAUUAUGGUUUUCUUCAGUCCCCAGAUGGAAAAGAAACUGCGCAGGUUCUUUUCAAGGCAGGAAAGUCACGCGAUGGGUAUUACUCCAGCAAUGAUAUCCUAAAGCAUGCUGUGCGUGCAAUGGAUAUUCUUGAAAAAUAUUACCCAAAUGAAGAUCAUAUUUUGAUCUUUGAUAAUGCCAUGACACAUCCCAUGAUGGGCUCUGAUGGAAAACCAUUGAAAAAGAAGAUUCCAAUGGCUCCUGCAUACCUUCGCCACCCACAAGCUGGGUGGUUCAAAGGGACAGAGAAAAUCCUUCAAGAACGAGGAUACAACACAAAGGGCCUUCUUGCAGAGUGCAAGGGAUUCAAAUGCAAGGCAGGUAAAAAGGAUUGCUGUUGCCGCCAAAUCCUCUUUAAUGAACUGGAUUUUGCAAAUGUCAAGGUCUAUCGGCUCAAUCCCCCAUCUUCAAAAGAGGCAGAUCUCGAGCAGAAUGUAGUGGCUGCACUGGCUUCUAUACCACUUUUAACCAUGCAACGAUUUAUUAAUGCAUAUAAAGAAGGCCUUGAUGGUAAAUACCAUGGACACCAAGUCCUCCCUGAAGGCUUGUUGAUAAAUCUUGAGAAGGCCACAAAUCUGUCCUCAGAGUCUACUAGUGUUGACUCAAGUUAA